AUGGAGGGAGACCUGGUCCUGUUGCGGAAGGUGGUCCUCGAUCAAAUUCAUGGGAGAAAGCUAGAGACAAGGUGGGCUGGUCCGUAUCGGGUACAACGAGUGUUACCUCGAGGGAAGUCAGUGUUCCUUGAAGAUCUGGUAACCGGAUUAAGGGUGGGCAAGUACCAUCUGGAUCAUCUCAAGCCGUUUGUAUCGAGGAAUCAACAACAAGCCUACCAGGACGCGGCGGAGACGGCGAACAAGAACAAGGCGCAGCGACGGUUCAUCAAAGAGGCAAUAAAACAAGCAAAGGAGGAUGGAUUGGCAGAGAAGCAAAUUGAAAAGGAGGAGAUGACAGGGAAUAUUAUCGUCAUCACCAUCGUCAAGGCCAUCGUCAUCAUUGUGGUAUUCAUCAGCACUAGCGAAAUCCAAUUCUCUCAGCCCAGCUGCGUUCGUAGAGAUGUGUACAUUUUGGAAGUCCAAGUGGGAAGGACGGUCCUCACUUCGCAGAGCAUCAGAAAGGAGUAUUGA